AUGGCAAUACCACCUGCAAAAAAUGAUAGCAAAGCCAAUCAACAUGCCGCUGGUGCUCGGUUUCGUCAACGAAAAAUAUCGGUUAAACAACCGUUGUCCAUCUAUAAACAGAGUGAUCUACCGACACUAGAUGGCUCUGAGUUGGAGCCGAGUCAGGUGCAUCAUCUACAUUCAAAUAAUAUAGGACAACCAGCGCGUGAUGUUCACGCAGUUGAAACGGGUGUCGAUAAAAAUGAGGAGGAAGAAGUACACUUGCAAAAGGUAAUCAAUGCGGCUCAGAAAGCGUUAUCGAGCGCAAGUUCUGGGAAAGCAAACGAAGUGUAUAUACCGACACCGGAUGCUUCUAAAAUCUGGCAUGAGGCUUCAAAGUAUUAUAAGGAUCAGAAGUUUAAUGAGCCAGAGACAUACAUUAAAUUUAGUGCCACUGUGGAGGAUACCGUUGGCGUUGAAUACAACAUGGACGAAGAGGAUGAAGUUUUUUAUCGAGAAGUUCUUUCCAAAAUUCAACCAACAGGAAAAAGGAAACAAGAUGACCUGGGAAAGUGUACCGAGCUCGAAUUUGAAACGAUUUGUGACCGAUUGGAAAAAACAAUUGAGACUAGACAACCCUUUUUGUCGAUGGAUCCGUCGAAUAUAUUGUCAUACGAGGAAAUGUCAAAGUAUAUUAUCAAUCAAUUUGAAAGCACAAUAAAAACCAGCAACCCGUACAUUGAAUCCAGCGGUGGAAAUUUGGAAUACCUAUCCACAACAACCCUAAAAGAGAGGCUCUCAAAGGAAAUUAAUUACAAACCAUUCACAACCCUUUUUGAUAGAGACCAGGAGCAUACAACACAAGUGCGGCCGAUUCCUAAAUUAUUUGAACUUUUCGGAAGAGCAGUAUACGACCAUUGGUCAAAGAGAAAAAUUGAGAGAAAGGGACGAUCGAUUCAUCCAACCCUUCGAUUUGAGGACCCCAAUGCAAAUGAAAAAGAUAAUGAGAAUGAUCCGUACGUCUGUUUUAGAAGACGUGAGUUUAGGCAAGCGCGUAAGACAAGAAGGGCUGACACAGUUGGUGCAGAGCGUAUUCGUUUGCUACAGAAAUCACUUCAUCGUGCACGCGACUUGGUAAUGGGCGUUUGUGAACGAGAAAUUUUGAAUUUACGAAAUUUGCAGGCUGAAUUUGACAUAUUCAAAGUUCGUUCAGAGGCGAAGUCUAUCAAGAGAGAGCUUGGAAUCAAGGGCGACGAUUAUUUGUUCUUUCCACAUAAGAAAAGAAGAAUCAUCAAACCCAAAGAAGACGAGGAGGAGAAAGAAAAGAAAAAGGAAAAGAGGAAACAAGAACAAGAGCAAGCUGCAAGAGCCCAGCAACAACAACAACAACAACAACAACAACAACAACACAUCUUGCAACAGCAAAAUGCGAGCCAGCAGAACCAAAGAGACGGAACAUCCACAAACCAACCUUAUGUCAAGUUGCCACCGUCCAAGAUUCCAGAUAUGGAUCUUGUUACUGUCUCAUUAGUUUUGAGGGAGAAGAACGAGACCAUCAGACGAGCUGUGUUGGACAAGCUUCGUAAACGAAAAGAACAAGAUAGAGGGUUUGUCAAUGUUACUGACGAUCCUUAUGAACCGUUCUUUGACAUAUCCACCAACGAUAAAUUGGUUGAGUCGAACCACAUUCCGUAUUCGUCUAUUGCUGCUACUAAUUUUCAUCAAUUCAACACUUCAAAUUAUUUAAGUGAUCCAUUGAAGACUUUAAUAGAAGACAACAAAUCAAUACCAGGAGUUCGCACGUUUAAAGGUUCCAAUGGUGAGUUAAUACCUACAAAAGCCUUCCCUCAUACCUCAGCGCUUCUACAGGAGAAGUUUACCAAUAACAAAUUCAACUCCCCAAGCUAUAUUGCCCAGUUGUUGCAAGACAUUGAAAAUAACAACUUUGAUCAUUAUACACACGGGUUUGCCAAGGAGAGCACCGUUAAUGCAGCAAGGGAAGCCGACGAGAAUGCCAAGUUAUCAGAACCAAUCUUGAGACUACGAAAACGUGUUGGUAGAGGAGGCAGAGUGUUUCUUGAUAGACGUGGUCAAACUACCCCUGAUGUUGCUGACGAGUUUUUAGACUUUUCUGAAAUUUGCGAGGGUGAAGAAGAAGUGACAAAUGUCUACGACAGCAAAGUAGAUGAGUGGAAACGAUUGAGGUCAAGAUGGAAGUAUGAUACUGAUUUGCUGGAGUCCCAGAAAGGAGCCCUUGAUCCAUUCAGUCUCGAUCCUUCUAAGCUCAAUAAUAUCAGUGACGACACACAGGCAAUCAGAUUUGGAUCGAUGUUACUUUCCAAAUCGUAUGGACUUUUGAAGGAAUCAAUUCAACAAAAGCAGCAAUCCUUUUUGCAUCUGGCGCGGAUGAGAGCACUACAACAACAACAAUUUGCAAAUAGACAAGCUCAGGCACAAGCACAAGUUCAAGCCCAAGUUCAACACAAACAAUUGAAUAAUCAACCCCACAACGAGCACGCACAGUCAUCUUCUCCCAAUCAGCAGGUGCAAAAGCGUCCACAGUCGGAACGAAAAAGUACUCCAAACUCCAUCAACAGUUCCAAACCUCUUUCCCCAGCACAAAACUCAAUCAAUAAACUGGCAGCACACAUUCAUUGA